UUUUCUGUAUGCGGCAGGUGGGCAGGUGCUGCAGUGGUGUGAUCAUUUGAAAUAUUUUGAAAAAAUUGUUUUAUUUUAGAAUAAUAAUAAUGGAGAUAAUUCAGUUUGCAUUCGUUCUCGUGGCAGGCGUUGUUGCCGUUAUUUACAGUGGCAAAGGACCAGAUCUAAUGAGGAAGGCCAAUGAGUUAGUAACUGGUAAGAAGGGCUGCUCGCCGGUUGGUGAUCUUGACUUUGUCACACUUCAUUAUUUCGCUGUCCGUGGUCGCGGAGAAGCAAUCCGUUUGCUUCUUGAAGAGGCCGAGAUUCCUUACAACCAAACUGGCUUCACUAAAGAAACUUGGCCAAAGGCGAAGAAGGAAGGAAUGGCGUCUGGACUGUACACUUUUGGUCAAGUUCCAGCAAUGACAACAUCCUCAGGAGUGAACAUGGUGCAGAGUAAUGCUAUAGCUCAUUACAUUGGUAGAGCUACUGGAAUGGAAUGCGACUGUGACCAGCUUCAUUACUGUGAGAUCCUAGCACUCGGAGUGGAUGAUUUCCGUGCCAAGUUGAGUAAGAUCCUCUACGACCCAAACUUUUCAGUUGAGAUGAGAGACGAGUACAUUCAGACCACUGCUCCGAUGUGGCUGCAACACUUUGAGAAGCUCACUCCUAAUUUCCAACUAGAGGACAUGGGCUACUUCGGAGGGAAACAUUUAACCUGGGUCGACUUCCUCAUCUUUGACGUUCUGGACUUAAAUCUGGAGUUCGCUAAGGUUGAUAUGGGGCGCCCUCUAGUGGCCAUCCUUGACGGCUACCCCAAGCUGCAGUCUUUUUAUAACCAGUUCAGACAAAGACCCAAAGUUGCUGCAUACUUGAACAGCAAGAGGAGGUUCCCUUUUUCAUGUCCCAUGCCGAAAAACCUCCCUGCCGCAAAGCAAUAAGCGAGUUAAACUUGUCACCUCAAAAGUUGUCUUUCUUGUAUUCAUUUCCAAAAAGAUUCAGUUGAAUUUUCAUCAAAGGUGUUUCUUUAUCAGUAGAACUAGCUGUUGCCAACGGUUUAGAUUAAAACAAACAAACAUUAAUACGUUUCUUAUUAAGACAACUCUAAAUAAUGUUAAUCAAAUUGGUUGUUUUAGUUUAUGAUUCUAAACUGCAGAGGUCUAAAAAAAAAAAUUGUUUCAGAUAGAUUCUGACAAGGUAUAAUUUGAAUAUCUGUAUAAUUUGAAUAUCAAGGUAAACUUGUGUUUAAUAAAUAACAAUUUUUUGUUAAUUGGGACAUGAAGUCAUGAUCCAUAUUUUUAAUUUAAAUUCAAAUACUUUUUCAUCUGCUUCAAAAGUGCCUUUAAGAUUUGUUGGAAAUUAACAAAAAAGUUAUUACUACACUCUUUUGUUU